UGUUGAGAAUCGACAGUCGUUUUUAUCCGUUUGCUAACUUAAGUUGUUUGUUUAAAAAAUAUAAGUAGUAAAUUUUCAGAAUUUGAGUACUAAAUUAAAUAAAUAAAUAAAUUUAUUUUUGAAAUCUGGAGUAUACUCAAUCAUGAAGGUGUCAAAAUUUUUGAUAAUCUUAAUGACAAUUUUAAUUAACAAACCGGUGAUUGAGGCACCGAAGCCACCAUCGAAACCAAUGACGUCGGAUGUAAUGAGGGAAUUGUCGAGCGUAUUACGAAAUAAACCAUCCAGGGAAUCACCGAGGGAAUCACCGAGGGAACCGCUGACGAAUCCAUUGAACGAAGCACAAAGAGCACCACCAAGACUACCACCGAAGAAUCCAUUGAACGAAGCACAAAGAGCACCACCAAGAAUACCGCAGCGGAAACCGUUGAAUGAACCACAGAGGGCACCACCAAGAGUACCUCCGAAAGAACCACUGAGGAUACCGUCGAGGCAACUGCCGAGUGAACAAUCGCAUGUAUCUUCUAAGGAACCACCAUCCAUUUACAUUAAAGAUGUCGGGUUCAUGGUUGGAAUUUUUGAAAAAAAUGAUCAUGGCACUUUUUUCCAGGGUCAGGGGGUUCUAGUUGAGGGUAACCGUGUUCUCACCAGCUCACUCAUUUAUUACAGUGGCUUAACUUUAUACGUACGAGCUUACAAUUGGCCUAAGAAUGUUCAUCUUUAUGAAAAACAAAAAGCUUUUCCCACUGAUUACAUAGAACGGAAAGUUAGUCGGAUUAAUAUAAUGCACGACUAUAAAAUCAUGCAAAUCCUUGAUUUAGCAGAAGCUUUUCCAAUCGAAGUCAAUACUAUCAGUUAUUUACAGACUUCAAUUAAAGAUUUUUACCAAACUGGCCAUAAGUGUGCAGUGGUAGCACUUAAAGACAAGAGUAGCGAUGAUUGGCUCGAUGAAAGUGACCAAUUAUUAAUAAUAAAACAACGGAAAAUAGGCUCGGAUCAACUUUUCAGACCGGGAAGUUGUAAAACACAGUUGAUGUCAUCUUUACGAGAAGAAAAUAUCAACAGGUUUGAUAAAAGAGCUUGGUUUUGUGGAGAAGAAAUCGGAAGAAAGAAAUGUCACCGUUACCGAGGAGGAGCUGCUCUUGUCUGUGAAUCACGUGAUUUACCUAACAAAUACUUUUUAGCAGGUGUUCAAGUAGAUCAAGACAAGUGUGAGGUUUUGUUCCAAGAUACUACUAAGGCUGCUGAUCCUAUUUAUGCGGAAUUGGCUUUUAGAAAUUAAUUAUUAUUAAUUUAAUUUAACUGUCAAAAUCAAAUGUUCGUACUUACAUACAUGUAAUUGUAAUUACUAAACUAACCAUGUAUAUCUGAGGUCAUCUAGAGACAACAGUCCUGAAACCAUAAUAAAAAAAUUAAAAAUA